AGUAUAUGUCCUUCCACAAGCUCCCUGCAGACAUGCGGCAGCGCAUCCAUGACUACUAUGAGCACCGCUACCAGGGGAAGAUGUUUGAUGAGGAGAGCAUCCUGGGAGAACUGAGCGAGCCCCUCCGAGAGGAAAUCAUAAACUUCAACUGCCGGAAGCUGGUUGCCUCCAUGCCUCUGUUUGCCAACGCAGAUCCCAACUUUGUGACGUCCAUGUUGACCAAGUUGCGGUUCGAGGUGUUUCAGCCAGGGGAUUAUAUCAUCCGGGAGGGCACCAUCGGCAAGAAGAUGUACUUCAUCCAGCAUGGGGUGGUGAGCGUCCUCACCAAAGGCAACAAGGAAACCAAGCUGGCAGAUGGCUCCUACUUUGGAGAAAUCUGCCUGCUGACUCGUGGCCGGCGCACAGCCAGUGUGCGAGCUGAUACCUACUGCCGGCUCUACUCCCUCUCGGUGGACAACUUCAACGAGGUGCUGGAAGAGUAUCCCAUGAUGCGGCGAGCUUUUGAAACCGUGGCUCUUGACCGGCUGGACAGAAUUGGCAAGAAAAAUUCCAUUCUGCUGCAUAAAGUCCAGCAUGACCUCAAUUCGGGUGUUUUCAACUACCAAGAGAAUGAGAUCAUCCAGCAGAUUGUGCAGCAUGACAGAGAGAUGGCGCACUGUGCUCACAAUGUCCAGGCUGCCGCUGCCGCUGCUGCUGCUGCCGCAUCCACACCCACCCCUGUCAUCUGGACGCCACUGAUCCAGGCACCCCUGCAAGCUGCAGCAGCCACCACUUCUGUCGCUAUAGCUCUGACCCACCACCCACGCCUCCCAACAGCCAUCUUCCGUCCUCCAGUGUCUGUCUUGGGUUCCUUGGGGCAGCAGUCCAACCAGACUCCAAGACAACUGAAAAGGCUUCAGUCUCUAAUCCCGUCAACUGGCCCUUCUGCUCUUGGCUCUCCCUCCAGUACUCCAUCCCAGCUGCAUACACCAGGAGCAGAAACCCCUUCAUCCUCUUCCUUCCACAUCCAGCAGCUCGCAGGAUUCUCAGCUGCCGCUGGCUUAGGCCAGUUCCAGGUGGGAUCCCCUCCAGGUGGCUCAAGCCAGCCAGGUUUGAGUGGCGCAUCCUCAGUGGGACUGAGCCAGUUCCAACAUGCACCUUCUGGAUCACCCUUAGGUACAGCUCAGCCCAUGCAGCAGCAGCAGCAGCACCCAGCCCUUUCCAGUAGUGGGUUUGGGCACUUCCAGCAAGCUACAACUAGCUCCCCAUCAACAUCGCUCACUCAGCUUUCAUCAAACUCACCCCCGAGUCUUCUCAACCAGUUCCAGCCCACCACAAGACCACUGCAGGGGGGACAGUUACAGCAGCUCUCAGGCAGUGGGACUUUGGCAGGAAUGAAUCACUUCCAACCCCCUCCUUCUUCCAGCUCUCCAUCCUCCAGCCUAAGCCAGAUGGCACAAGCCUCUGGCGGGCCAUCCUCAGGCCUGUGCCAAACACAUCCAAGUGCAUUAGGAUCUUUAACUGGAACGAUAGCCCAGCUCCACCAAGAACGGCCACGUUUUGCUUCCAUGUCUCCACUACAACAGUCUGGUGUUGCCUCUCCCUGUUAUACCCCUUCUGGCCUUAGUCCUCCCACUCAGAGCCCAGUGGCAACAAGAACUUUUCAGUGUGGCCCUUCUGGGGCUUCAGGCUCUCAUGGAUCUCUGCUCCUGCCUCAAACCGCCAGCCCACCUCUGCAGAUCCUGCAGUCCAAGAGCACGCCACCUGUACCACCGGGACGUCUGAACCAGGACAUCAAGUUGAUUUCUGCUUCCCAGCCAUCUUUGCCCCAAGAGCUGGCUCAGACGCUGAGUCAAAGUUCUCAUUCCUCUAGAGAAUCUGUUUCCAGCUUCUCUCCUUUUCCUGGUGGAGGGACUGGACUUCUUGGGAAGCCUUGUAGCUCAGUUCCUGGGCGUGUGACUUUACCACGUCAGAUGUCCUCAGGUUCUUUACCACAUCCACUGGUGUUUGGGGCCAGCGCUGCUUCUCUGACUGCUGGUGGGCGGAAAGAAUCCAUAGUGCUCACAGGGGAUCUGGAACCUGUCAGAUCCAAACUGCCCUCCAAUUUGUGAGGACUCCUUCUGAGAGCUGUUGUGUCAGCCGUGCAAUUCAGUUGCUUAUUAGACUUUCAUGAAUCAUUUUUUCCUUUUCUUCCGCCCCCCCGCCCGACCUUUUUCCUUCAUUUCUUUUGUUUAGGUUUAAUUGUGAUUAGAAACAAACAAAAAACAACAUGAAAAACAACAAAAAAAGAAGAUAACCAGGUAUUCUUAGAGCUAUAGAUUUUUGGUCACUUGAUUUUAUAGAAUAUUUUAAUACAUGGAAAAAAAGGAUAUCAGCAAAUUUAAUCCAACGAGGUAACACACAGACAAGGCGUGUGCCUGAGCUGGAACAUGUGAAUGAUCAGCCAUAGAAGCCACCAAAAAAGGUUUUCCUGUUGAGACAAAGAUCUGAGGUUGACGUGGGCUGUAAAAUGGAACAUCAGGUCAGGCAUAUAGAUGGUGUUUUUAGAACAGCUGCAGUUGGUCUCAGCUUUGCACCAGCUGUGAAUCUGGGCCCCAGUACCUAGUUACGGGGGGAUUUGGAUAGCUCACUGUGUGCGUCAGAAAGUUUUACUUACUCCUAGGUUUUCUCCUGUGAUCAGCAGUUUGCAGAGGAAGCAACAGGAGGGGUGAGUUUCAUUAAUGCAGUCCCCUCUAGGGGUUUCAGAAGGGCCAAUUUUUUGUUUGAACUCCAUCUGAAGAAGAUGAAGGUGGCCAGGAGAUGGACGGGCCUGACUUCAGAUGCUUGUCUCUUAUUCCACUGAUGCUCUAGUGGGAACAAGAAGCAAUCCCUUGUAAGUCACAAGGAGGGCAGUGAAUAUCCUCUCUAUUUUUGUAGGCGUCGUGGAUGUGGGUUGUGGGAGAAGUCCUGUCUCUCUGCCAGCACACCAAGCAGUUCACCCCAGCCAACAGAAGAGCCUAAGCUUCAACCUCUCCAUGGACUGGAAAGCCUGUGUGCUGCCUUCCAGGUUGAGGAGUGCAAAGCAAGGGGAGGGAUGGAGAAAGACGCAGCAGUUUAACCUUCCCUUUCCCAUUUUAAUGUCUCAGUGUCCAUGGGCUGACUGCUUUGAAGAGAAUUGUGUAGAAAAAGAUUGAAAAGUGGGGUGCAGUCACCCCAGCCCUCUUCCUCCUUAGCCCAGGGGAGUUUGAGCUUUGGGGCACCAAGGGUAAUACUGGUGCCCAGCCAAGAAUCCUCCAGAUUUGCAACUAUAUUUAUACCAUUAAACAAGAUUAGACCAGAAAUUUGGCCAGCCAUGGUCCAUGCUUCUCCUCUGAUGGGGGAAUUGAAAUCAUUUGCUUGAUUUCACCAGCAAUAACAGCCUGCACCUGAUUGGCUUUGGUCUUGCCCUGCAGUUGCAGCAUCACUGGACACAUCUGGGGCCUGGCAGGCACCUUGAGCUGGAUUUUUUGGGCUCCCCUGAUUUAAGGUAGUCAAAGUGGGAUGAAGAUAGUAAGGGGCCAUUGGGUGUACACCGCACUGAGAAGCUACAGCCUUUACCUCUAGAGCAAAUGUCUCCUUUUACUUUGAUCCUUUCUUCCUCUCAUUUUUUUUCUUGGGCCAAGAGGUGUCUCCGGCCACCUCACUGUAAAGAGUCAGGUGCUCAACUUUUCUAACACUUGUUAGAAACACAUGUCCAGCCUCCCUCUGUUUCCAGCUAUCAUGGGGUCCCUCCAGCCCUCAGAGGGGAAAGCAGGACUUCAUGCAGCAGUGCCAAAAAACUUACUAUUAUCACAGUAAUGAUACAGGUCCAUGUAGCUCCCUCUUUUACCUCCUUCCAACUCUCUCCCAAAACACUGGCUGACAGUUGUUUUUUAUAUCGGAUUGUUUGCAAAACUCUUGACAUGUGCCUGUAUCUUGAAUGUUGCUGCAAGCAUUCCUGGGCACUCCUGCUUCAAUGUGCUUUGGUGGCUCAGAAUUCAGAUGUAAUCGGCUUUGGUCUUCCUUAAAGGGUCAGGGGAACUCUGUUUUUUCUACUAGCUACAUACAACUAUAUAUGUGUGAGUGUGUGUGGUGGGAGGGGUGCAUGUGUGUGUGUGUGUGUGUGUGUGUGUGUGUGUGUGUGUAGAUUUUAUAUAUAUAUAUACACACAUGCUUUUAUAUAUAUAGUAUAGUUAUACACAUAUGUAGUCUAUUUAUGCACAUGUGUGAGCAUGCACACACACACACACACAUAUAUUUACAUAUCUAUCUAUCCUAGUUUUAAAAUACAUGUCAGUUUUGACCCUCCUGUAGGACUGAUUGGCAGGUGAUAAUUAUAAUAUAUAGAUCCUGAUUUUCCAAAUAUGUACAGGUUCAUCUUGAAACAGAAUCAGUUGAUGGAAUUGAAGCAGACUCACAGACCCUCUCAUAUUGUCGUAGGUAGGUAGGAGGCAGUUCCUAGAAGGAAGACUCACAAUAUCCUUUUAAGUUUUAUAUUUGUUUAAGCAAUCUUUUUUCCCUGUAUGCUAGAGGGCCCCUAGAAUGAGCAUCUCAGGAGCCUGGGAGCUGUUUGGGUCUAGGGUAUCUAAUAUAAGCAGGUGGGAAAGGUCUUCAGCCCAGCAAUGCCAAGCUCUCAUGGCUGUCCUGUGACUGCUGCAUUGGUACUUGAAUCUCAACAACCCCUGUGGACACUCAGACAAGCGGAGGUGCACAGAAACACCCUGAGGGCUGUCUCUGGUAGAUGUGCGUUCCAUCCACCAGUCUGGUGAACAUCCUUCUUCAGUUGGGUUCCUUUGCUUUGUUUUUCAUGGGGAUAUUGUUUGAUUUUCCAGUUCUUAGCAGUGCAGUAGCCAAUAUUGAGUUAUUCUGACUGGACCCCAGUCAACACUAGGCUUGUCUCAGUAGGUGGAACUAUAUUUAUUAUUACUGUUAU